AUGGACCACCAACACCAUCAUCAAGGAAUGCAUUUUCUGGGUUCACUGGUGCAGACGCCGGCUUUGUCAUCUAUCUCACCAAAUAAUGAAAUACUAGCAUCAAGUGGUUAUCGUCUCAACAUUGGUGAUGCUUGUAGCAGCAGGGAAAAUGGAUUUCCAGGGCUGAAGGCGCAAAUCAAGGGCCCAACGGCACAAGUCAAAGACAUAUUUGAAAGUAGAACAACUACUGUAGCAGCUGCAGCAAAUGAAGUAAAAUCCGGUACUGGGAGUAAAAGAAAGGGCGAUCAGAAGAAAACUAGGAAGCCCAGAUUCGCUUUCCAGACUAGAAGCCAGGUUGAUAUACUUGACGACGGGUAUCGGUGGAGAAAGUAUGGUCAAAAGGGAGUUAAGAACAACAAGUUUCCAAGAAGCUAUUACCGAUGUACGCAUCCUGGGUGCAAUGUGAAGAAGCAAGUGCAACGACUGUCCGUAGACGAAGGCAUUGUGGAAGAAGUGGAACCAGAGUUUCUUGAGGUAAAAGCCGCUUACACGGCUUGA